UUUUUUAUUUUCUUUGGGUCUUUAGUUAGGGUUUAAGGAGCUCGUCUCUUUCCUUGCUUGGGUUGUUGUUUGCGUCCUGGUCAAAAAUAAACAAAAGUUGUGAUAAUUGUUGACGCGAAGAAGAUGGACAAGAGCAUGCUAGCAGACUUGGACUCUCUUCCUGAAGAAGACAAGCUUCGAAUGUCCACAAUGAUUGAUCAGCUUCAGAUUCGCGACAGCUUGAGGAUGUACAAUUCCUUAGUUGAGAGGUGUUUUACAGACUGCGUAGACACCUAUCAACGAAAAUCGCUGACCAAGCAAGAGGAGACUUGCGUGCACCGGUGCGCCGAGAAGUUCCUCAAGCACUCCAUGCAUGUCGGCAUGAGAUUCGCUGAGCUCAACCAAGGAGCAGCUACAUCAGAUUAAGAUAUUGCUACAUAAUUUUUUUGGUAGUGAAGAUAUGAACAUUAUGUUCAUCUUAAUUUUAAGGCCCUUUAUUUUAAGGGAUAGUUUGUGACUUUCUUUUUCCUUGUACUUUCAUGAAAUUUUUGCAAUUAUGUGAACAUCAAUAUUCAUUGAGUUUGAACAUUUUGAUAUUUGUUUCUAG